AUGGAAAUGCCCAUGAACCCAUGCUCCAGACCAGCUAUCAUAGCACCCGAAUGCAUAUGCACAGGGUCCAGAGCUCACCUACUGUCUGCAAUCUUACUGGUCUUCAGCAGUAGAACAGUGCUUGUGGUCUUCAGCUGUAUCCUCAGAAUUACUACCAAACCAUCAGUCUCUUUGGUGCGCAAGAAACUUCAACUUGUUGGAGUGACAGCAAUGCUUUUGGCUUGCAAGUAUGAAGAAGUUUCCGUUCCUGUCCUUGAAGUCCUCAUAUUGAUUUCUGACAGGGCUUACUCCAGAAAUGACGUGCUUGAGAUGGAGAGCUUCAUGAUCAACACCUUGCAAUUUAAUCUUUCAGUGCCUACUUCUUAUGUCUUCAUGAGGCGCUUUCUUAAAGCUGCUCAAUCUAAUAAAAAGUUGGAGCUUCUGUCCUUCUUUAUCGUUGAGCUGUGCCUCGUCGAGUAUGCAAUGCUUAGGUUCCCCCCGUCUCUCUUAGCAGCAGCAGCAAUCUUUACUGCACAAUGCUCUAUCAAUGGGUUCAAGAAGUGGACUAAGACAUGCGAGAGGCACACAAACUACACUGAAGAUCAGCUUUUGUAA